AUGGCGGUGGGGGCCACCUGCGAGGUGAAAGACGGGGAACCCUCACCGUCCCCUACUGCUGCUCAGACUUCGGCAGCAACAGUAGCAGCACCAGUAGCUGUAGCCGCAAAAGCACCUGCCGCAACAACAGCAGCAAUUGAAGCGACAGAUGCAGUCGCAGAAGACUUUUUCGAGGCAGUUUCUGCCCAUCAACGGGAGCAGAGUAGGCGAGGCGCGGCUACGAACACACCUCCUCUUUCCCCCACCCCCAUUUCCGGUGGAAACACGUCAGAAGUCAGAUUAAGUGAAGAUGGGAAACAUCCGCUGGAAAGUGAUACAUCGGGAGGUCACGCAGUACUACAGUUUUCUGAAGGCGCUGCACCUGUGAAGGGACCCAACGGAGGACACCCCUUUACUGGCAAGCAGCCUCCACAAAGGCCCCUUUCUGAGGAAUGCAUUCAGAAGACCCUGAUUCAAGGGCACACUCAGGUGGCUUUCCUAACGGCGCCAAAAAGAGCCCCAGAUCCUCGCUGUUUCAGUGCCAGAGCCGCAGAGGCGGCUCCGUGUGAAGCCCGCGAAGAGGCCCCUGCUGCACUCCCCAGCAGUAGUAGACUAGCUGAAAAAGGCAUUGCGUUGGCAGCUUCGUUUCCAGAAGCUGUGCCCACAGCACUCCAGCUGCCGUUCACUGAGAAAGCAGCUCCCGUGAAGGCUGCCGUGGGGACGGCCGGGUCACCGGAUGCUUCCAGCAUUGCGCCUCAUUCGACUUCGCCAGCUGUCAGCAUCGUCGCCACACUAAAUGCGAAGAAACAGCAGAAAGAACAGAGGAAAUGGCAAAAAGAAGAGCAGCAGUAUCAAGCGCAUCAGCAGCCUGAGGGGAAAAAGACACUUCUGCCACUUGAUUUGCAGAAAGCGCACGCUGCGCCCGACGAAGACCUGUUGGACCAACUGCACCGACUGUCCACGAAAAUUCAAGCUCAAGAGGACGAAAAGCGUGUAAUGGCGGAAGAGAGCUUCCAACUGGAGCAAAUUCUCAAACGACAGUACCACGCGGAUAUCCGACAAAAGUCCGAGCAGAAUAAGCAGCUGGCCCUUGCAAACCAAAUCCUUCAAAAACAGAUUGAAAAGUUGAGUACGGAGUGUGAAGGUCUCCGUGGAGCAGUUGCGGUUGCCGAGGAGGUCUUAUCAGAUUUCUUUCACCGUCAAAUGCGACCACAACUCGUGCUGUCGCCCGUCAGCCAAGAAGAGGAGCCUGCUUCGCCUCUUUCUCCGUAUUCUACCGUCGAAGGAAGGUUCAACAAGUUGUUUUUAGCUCUAAAUAGGGCAUUGACGGCAGAGAGGAGCACACUCGACACACCAACACGACAAGACCUGCAGCGGCGACUGGAAGCAGCAGCAGCAUUUUGCCGCGCAACCUCUGCCGCUGCUGUUGCUGCGGCCAGUUUCUCCCCCACGUCUUCGAACAGGCCACAGCCGGGCACACAAACUGUGAUUUGGCCAUCUGCGGGGCUCGUCCCUCGAGGUUUCUCUGUAGCGGCUGCACUGCCAGAAAUAGGAACUGCCGCAGUAGCAGCGACAGCAGCGGAAGGGGUUGGGUCUUUCAAAAAAGAUGUGAUUUCCACAAGGCCGCUCGCAGGGGCGGAUGCCUCUCACCCUAGCAGCCAGGCCCAGUUGGAGAGUCUGAAGCAACAGAUUGAACGACUUCGCGAAAAUUUAGGGGCGUUCACAGAGGGAUUGCUCCAUGCACACGAAAGACACCUUCGGACGCACAAGUCUCUCAAAGUGACUGCAAAACCGGAAUGGCACCCAGAAAAGGUGGAAGCUUCGAAAUAUGCGGAGGCUUCCCUCGCGAAACGAACAUUUUCUCGGUCCCCGAAAUCAGAAAAUACGCAAUGUGAAGCACUAGAGAAAGAGUUCUUGGAGGCCAAACCGGCUGCAGUGACAACAGCCGCACCUGCAGCAGUAGCAACAACGACAGCGGAAAAUAUAUCAAAAGCUGUUCCCGACAACAUCAGCGCCACUAUCACAUCUGCAACGGGCAAAGCAAAGUCCCUAUGGGGUGCUGCUACGAAGGCAGGGUACAGAGGGGCUUCUACGCUGCAGAUGCCUUCGCAGGGCGAACGAGUGCGAGGCGCUGUUUUGCUUCCUGCUGCACCUCAGGAAAAGCAAAAACAUCAGAAGCAGCGCUCAAGCCCUUGCAGUGCGGAAGGAUCUUGGGGAUAUUGUCUGCCGCCUGGAGGGGGUGCCUUAUUAGGGUCGUGUUGUGAAAAGCCUCCAAAGUCUGGGGUGGUGCUUCCGCCUCUUCGGCAGCGGCAACAGAGUAGCAGGGGCCCCUGCACGCGGCAAAGGGUCCCUUCCGGGGGACACUCCGUUUCCAUGAGGCAUUUUGGAGGGGUUCAUCCCUCCGCAUCCGCGGCUAGUUUACUGCCAGCCCUAAAACCUGCUGCUUCCGCCGCUGCUUCUGCCGCUUGUAGAGCGGGGCUGGUGGGCUCUGCGUCUGCAGUUGACCUCUCCGUGGUGGGGAGACCUUUGGGGCCUUCCCGAGUGGCUUCUACUUACCCAGUAUCGAUGUACGCAGGUCCCAGGUACAACCACUAUACUGCUGCUGUUGGAGGCCUUCAAGGAGGACCGCUUUUGGGGCCCCUCCCUCUCCCAAGAAGGCUGCAACAACAAGGCGUUGUACCAACGGCAGGAGUCAAGAAGCACUGGGCUGCCCCAUCCCGGAGCAACAGCAACAGUAGCGGCAAGGUGUUUAGCCGUACAAGGCGUAGUUGUUCUCCCAUCAAAGAAAAUAGCGUGCGGGGGACCCUAGAAGAAGAAGCGUCUGCUAGCGGGUCCCCAGCUGCGGGAAACCCUCCGUAUUUUUCUGGCGCACAUCUCUGCAUCGAGUCAAAAGUCAGCCCAUCUGCAGCAGAUGCUCGCAUGCGGGGCCCUCACGGAGCGCGUCUCAGGGGACCUGCCAGGCAAGGCUGUGGACCCACAGGGACCUGGCGGUCAGUGGAUGUAGGAGGGUUCCAAGGGGUUUCAAACCCAGCCCUCAGAGGUGCUUCACUCUAUGCUGUAACACCUCCCAGAGAGCUGUCACCUAUAGGGAUGCAAACGAUGGAUUGGGGUAGAGGUAUAGCCCCUUCCUACGGUGAGGGUAACGGAGUGUUCAGCAUGGCCUCCGCGGCUAAGAGUGGCACAAUGCGUCUUGAAACUGCAGCAGCAGUAGCAGCAAGGUUGAUCUCGCCCUCAUCAGGGACCUUUGUAAGUUCCUAUAGCCAGCCGCCAAGAGGAAAAAAUUCCAUGGAGGCAAUGGCGCAUCUAAAUCACGCUCUACUGAACCAAAAACAACAACAGGUCUUCCUCACGGCACUCACGUCUCGUGCGGCAGCAACCGCAUCAGCAUCACGGUGCGACACCGGGACUGUACGUAGUCCGCUUAAUGCAUGCAGCCCUGUUGAUUGCCGCUGUGCUACCCCUCUUUGUGGGAGGUCUCUGCCGCUCUCUACUGUCCCGAUGGGGCUUGGAGUACCCCUAGGGGAUUCGCGUCCAGCUGCGGGGAAAGUCGGAGGCCCUUGGGGAGCCUGCAGUUUGCUCAGCCCUCUGUGCUAUUCUAAUCCUCCAGUCAAAAGCCCAAAUAGUAGCCGCAGCAGCAGCAACAUCCAAAACAUACAAAGGCAAAAGGACGACGUAGGAGAAUUGUCCCAGAAAAGGCUAUAA